UCGAACAGGUAGGCACUAGCUCAUCAGACGUCGCAGCGGAAACAAGUGUGUAUUUCUAUCGCUAUCUCACAUACAGCCACCAUGAGGAUACUCGCCGCUGCAAUCCUCUGCGCCAUCGCGGGGGCCGGCUUCGCCCAGCUGAAUGAGCAGCCCAACCCGUGCGAUCGGAAGUCCAGGGUCGUGGGAGACAUCACAUACUGCGACAGAUACUGGCAGUGCGUCGCCGGCACCCCGCAGCUCUACGACUGCCCCAACGGCCUUGUGUUCGUGGGCAGGAACCGUGGCAUCGCCGAGGGCUGUGAUUAUCCCUGGCGCGGAGCCUACUGCGACAGCAAGCAGCUUGCUAACCCACCCAUCUCCACCGAGCACUGCGACUGGCUCUACGGCAUCUUCGGGCACGAGACCUCCUGCACCCGCUACUGGACCUGCUGGAACGGCACCGCCACUGAGCAGUUCUGCAUCGGCGGCCUCCUCUACAACGAGGAGACUCACGCCUGCGACUGGCCCCAGAACGUCGCUGGAUGCCAGAAGCAUCCUCUCUGCAAGAACGAUGCCAAUGCCAACGUUGCCCUCGGUAAGUCCUGCGAAAGGUACUGGUCGUGCCAGGGAGGCUACCCCCGCCUGCAGCGCUGCCCCGCCACCCUCGUGUUCGACAAGCAGUCCCGCCGCUGCGUGAACCCCCCUACCGUCGACUGCGACGUCCCCUCCACCACGCCCCAGCCCGAGUCGGAAGCCACAGGACCAGCCCGCCCUAACAUUGCCCGCCCUCAGCGCCGCCGCAACAACGUUGAGGCCGAGCCUAUCCAGCAGGGAGGCCAGUUCAUCCGGACCCUCCAGUCUCUUCCGCCCUCCCCAAACAGACUCUUCUUUGACGAAUAUCUGAAGGUUACUCUGUUACUCAAUCUACAAAUAGGCUUCCAUAAGGAUGCCUAUUUGGUGCUCUUCUGA